CAAGUCCCAAGCGGCAGGAGACGAGGGCUGCUUUGCGCCACCAGCUGGGCAAAUAUACUGAAGUGGAAUGCUGAUGCUGUACAAGUGCAAGUAGUGCUUCACUCCCACAGCUUCCAGCCAUCACAAUCGCUGCUUCAGCCCGCAUGCACCACAGCUCCUCCACCAGGGUGGACUGGCAAAAAUAUAAUGGUCUAGAUUAUAGCUGUGAAAUUUACAGAUUAACAGAGUUGGAAGGGACCUUGUAGGUCUUCUAGUCCAAUACACACACACUCACCACCCAAGCAGGAAACCCUACACCAUGUCUGAUAAAUGAGAGUCCAGUCUCUUCUUGAAAGCUUCCGGUGAUGAAGCUCCCACAACUUCUGAAGGCAAGCUGUUCCAUUGGUUGAUUGUUCUCAUGUCAGGAAAUUUCUCCUUAUUUCUAGGUUGAAUCUCUCCUUGAUCAGUUUCCAUCCAUUAUUCCUUGUCUGGACUUUGGAUACUUUGGAAAAUAGCUUGAUUCUCUCCUCUCUGUGGCAGCCCUCUUUAAAUUACUUAGCUUUUGAUGAAGGUGACAUGAUGCCCCAACAAGUCCUUGUCAACUCUUAGAGAUCAUAUAUUUUUUCCCUGACAUCUAUUCCUGACCUGGUGUUUCAGGUCUUCUACUGGUGCACCCACUGCUACUGUAAUUGAAUUUAUUCAUCUGGUCCCCAAUUCCAACGUAGAUUUAUUUUGAACUUUUUUUCUCUAAUCCCUUCUCUGCAGCUUUGAGUAUUAAGGCAAAUAAUAAACUUCGGACAGAAACUCAACACUACAGACCCGAUUUACUUUUACUUGUGAAGAAAUAAAAUAUUGGAAGCAACAGAAUGAUCACUGAAGCAAAUGGAAAAGAUAGGCACAAACUCGCCUCUGCUGAAUAUAAAGCAAAUACAUAACAGCCGAAUGACCCUAUACAGGUACAUUUUAAAAUACCUAUAGCUUAUCUUAAGAUCCAUCUAGUAAUAGCUUGGCGCUACAUACCAGAUGCUCUCUCUUCUGCGCCCUAUCGGAGGGCAAAGAAUUCCCCAGGGGCUAAGCCUCCCCCGCCUUCUUCACUCCCGUAUCUAAACACUGAUGUGACCUUCGUUUGGUACGAAAAGAAGGAAGCAGAGGACAACUCAGGAGCAGUUCCACAGCAGCCUGGCUCAACAGCGAGCAUGCUCAGUGCCUCUCUGACCUACUUGUGCAACCAGAGUCCGGGGAGCUCAGUCUGCAGCUUUGCUGGGAGCGCGCGUAGGAGAGCGCAAACCAGCAGGGAUUGCGGCGGCGGCGGCAGAAACGCGAGUAGAAGGGUGCAACACCCUGAGAUUCCCCGGGAGAGCGAGUCCUCCUGCACCUGCUGGGGCUCCAAAAGCCGAAAUUAGCCGGAAGUAGCUUCCAAAUUUGCCUAAACGGCAGCUCUAGGGAAAGCUGAGGACAAGAACACUCAUCGGUCAACGAAGCUGCCUCUUGAGAGCCCUAACCGGAAUCAGAGAAAAAGGCUUCCAUGCUGAGUGUGGCUUGCUCCAAGAAAGAACUGAGCUUUGACUGAUCUUUGUGUAGAAAUGAAGCAUUGAAAACAGAUGAAGCAAAAAGCUGAAAGAAAAAAGAAGAUAGAAUUUUUUAUUGGCCAAGUGUGAUUGGACACACAAGGAAUUUGUCUUGGUGCAUAUGCUUUCAGUGUACAUAAAAGAAAAGAUACGUUCAUCAAGGUCUAGUUUUUGUUUGCUUUUGAAAUUUGAAGGAUCAAAUUUGAUGGGCUACUCCAGCCUGGUAUAUUUCCCAGUUCCAGGUCCACUAACUGUGAUUGGCAGAUAUAUUUGAAGACAGGUGAACAUGUUCAAGAGCCACCUUUUUUUGUAUUACUGGACCAUCUUUCAUGUUUUCAAUUUAUUAACAAUAUGGACAACUGCUGAAGAUGUCAUAAACAGCACUUUAAAUCACACAGACCUGCUGACAGGAUUUGUACCGAUGGUAAUCUCCAGAAUUGACCAUAUUAUAGUCAAGGAAGGUUAUAGUGCCUUGAUUGACUGCAGUGUUCAAGGUUAUCCAGAACCAGUGUACAAGUGGUACAACUCAAAUGGCCAUUUGGUGAAAGAAGAUGGUGACAGAGCAGGAAAAUGGAUUCUCAAUAGCGGACAACUAAAUAUUACUAGCGUGUCAUUUGAAGAUCGAGGAAAAUACACAUGUGCCGCUUCUAACAUCUAUGGCAAAGUGAAUAAUACUGUCACCCUGAGGGUUGUAUUUACCGCUGGAGACAUGGGGAUCUACUACAUGAUUGUAUGUCUUGUAGCAUUUACCAUUGUUUUGAUCUUAAAUAUUACUCGACUAUGCAUGAUGAGUAGCCACUUGAAAAAGACUGAGAAAGCAAUCAAUGAGUUUUUUCGGACAGAAGGAGCUGAAAAGCUGCAAAAAGCUUUUGAGAUUGCUAAGCGCAUCCCAAUAAUCACCUCAGCAAAAACUCUUGAGCUUGCCAAAGUAACCCAGUUUAAGACAAUGGAGUUUGCCCGCUACAUUGAAGAACUAGCUAGAAGUGUUCCCCUACCACCUCUUAUAAUGAAUUGUAGGACUAUCAUGGAAGAAAUCAUGGAAGUAGUCAGAUUAGAGGAACAAGGCCAUAAAUUUGUAAGACAAUCAGCCGUGGGGCAAGGGAUUAUGGACCCUGAUGAAACGUACAUGACUUCCAGUCCCCUAAAGCGUAGUGACUCUCUUGCCGCUGAUUCAGAUGCAUCUUCUUUGCAUGAACCACCACUCAAGAUUGCUAUUAAAGUCUCAGUUCACCAGUUAACUAAGAAGGACUGUAUUGAUCACGUCACACAGGACAGUAUAGCUUUAGAAAUGAAAGAAGAGAAAGAAGUUGCUCAGGUACAGACGCAACCUAGUGACCUGGUCCUGGACCCUUCAACUGAAUUCAGCUCAACUGAGACAAUUGUGGGAAGCGGCAAGGACACAUGUACUAUUUAUGAAACCCAUUUAUGAUCAUUUAUCAGCAAAUGUAUACUGAUAAAAAUAGUGAUAAAAUGAGGUGGCAGAGUUGAUAAGCCUUAUCUGAACACCAUAAUUGAAAAAAAUAACUAUAUGGAUUUCUUGAUACAUUCUUCCUUAUUAUAUACUGUGCAGUAUAUUUAGCUGAGACACCUGAUAUAAUUUCUAUGACACUAAUAUUUACUCUUUUGGAUCGAGGGAAAUUUUAAUUAACAUUAUUUUAGUUCACAAAACACCUCAGAUAAUGGAUUAGGAUUCUGCUGUUUGCAAGAACAUCUAGAAAUUGUGUUUACCACUUAGAAAUAAGAUCUUAAAAUUCUCACUCGGAACAUUCCAUUUCAGAGCACAGCUGUUGAAGUCAGGAGAGUUCUUGGUAAGGUCUGUAUUAGCAAGAUGCUAUAAUACCUAAUGCUAUAUUACAUAAACAAAAAAAUCAUCUAUAUUUUUCAUUUUGUUCUAUCAAUUACUCCUUUGUGUACUUUUGUAAAAACAGUAUAUCUUUGGGUUUUUUAAAUUUAAUAGAAGAAAAUAAUGAUUUUCUUCACAAACUGGAUAAUUGGCUAUUUCUUUCAUAAGACAAUAUCUGGUCUCUAGGCAGAAAGUCUCGAGAUAGCUACCCAUUAUCCCAAUUACAAACAGAAAAUGGGAGUCAUCAGAACUCUACAUCACUGAGUUGAAGGCCUGCCUACCAGCAAAGAUAGGAAAGAAAAAGAAUUAAAACACAUUAAGGAAGCCGGUUAGCUCAGGCUGGUAAUAGCCUGUUAUUAAGAACACCGAAGCCUGCAAUUAUUGCAGGUUCGAGCCCGGCCCAAGGUUGACUCAGCCUUCCAUCCUUUAUAAGGUAGGUAAAAUGAGGACCCAGAUUGUUGGGGGGGCAAUAAGUUGACUUUGUAAAAAAAUAUACAAAUAGAAUGAGACUAUUGCCUUAUACACUGUAAGCCGCCCUGAGUCUUCGGAGAAGGGCGGGGUAUAAAUGUAAACAAACAAAAAAAAAAAAAAAGCCCUCAGAACAUGUGGCUAUCCCAAGUGGGCCUUCAUCAAAUCUCAAAAAAGACCCUACAGGAGCUCCGUCAUAACAUACAAUGAAGAGAACAGUAAACAAAACAACAUUGUCAUUCCAUAUAUUGCAGAAAUAUCGGAAAAGCUCAGGAGGAUCUUCAGCCAACACAACAUACAUGUACACUUCAAACACAAAAAUACACUAAGGCAGAAGCUUGUCCACCCCAAGGAUAAAACUUGAGCAAUGUGGUAUAUCCAGUAUAAUGCAGUGAGCCAUGUGCAGAUUUGUACAUUGGGGGAAACAAAACAACCAUUUCAUAAACGCAUGGCACAACAUAGGAGAACAAACCCAUCAGGACAGGAUUCAGCAGUCCAUCUGCAUUUAAAAGGCAAAGGCCACUCGUUUGAAGACAGCAAAGUCCACAUUUCAGACAGAGAGAGUGUCUGGUUUGAAAGAAGGGUCAAAUAGGCCAUCUAUGUCAAAAUUGAACACCCCUCUCUCAACAGAGGGUGAGGGAUACGACAUCAUCUAUCUCCAGUCUACAACAGAGUCCUUUCAACAAUUCCAACAAGGCCGCACCCAUUUGUACCACUCAGUUGACCACAAUGAUACAAUAAACCUCCAGGUGGCCUAAAAGAAUGCAAAUGACCAGCUGUCUGCAAGGAAUAUAAAUCCUUCCAUUCCCUAUCAUCCAGUAAGAGCUGAAGAAGCUUCUUGGUUGAGAAAUGAAACAUCUUCAAAGAAAAAUCAGAAAGUCCAGUUGCCUCUUGAAAAAGCACCUUUGGGACAACCAUGGCCUGGAUGACUGAGAAUCUCCAUAGACAUUUAGUUCAAAUUGCAUUAAGCAAGCAGAAUUAUUCUUCAGAAUAUCCAUGUCAUAUCAUGACAAUAUGCAAAAAAGGAAUCUGAUCCUUAUGCAUCAGAGAUUUUUUUUAGCUGUAAACUAGACCAAGCAAUCACAAGGAGAACAGUGGUUCAAAGAGGUGUGCAUGUGUGCGGACACACAUACACAGCUUCUGUAGUGCAUCACAUUACACUUUAUCUAUACUCCUCUCUUCAUGUGGCAAACCAAAUAAGGGGAACUCUGACCACGUUUGCAUUUGAUCACCCUAAUCUCUGCAGGAAUCUCUUUCAAUAUAAAAUGUGACUUUGUAUUGCUACUAUUAUUAUGAGGAUAGAAUCUGCAAUGUAUAGCUAUAGGAACAAUUUGAUUCUCUGUGUUUUCAAGAACAAGAAACUGAAGAUCUCCAUAAAAAGCUGCCCUGAAUGAUAGCUGUCAAGUAGGAAUAUCUGCAUCAGAUGAAAUAACUUCACUGCAUGAAUAGAUGUGAAUAAGUUACAGCUUCAGUUAUUCAGCAAAUAACUAUGGGAUGACAAUGAUCGGGGUUGUGCCUUACUCAUUAUAAUAUAUAAUUUAGAUUCAGAAGUUUGCUAAGAUACGGGCAAGCAACUUAGUGCUGCAGUAAUAAGCAAUAAUUGCUAGUGUACAGGGAGACAUCUCAUUAAAACUCCGCCAGGUAUUAUUUCCCAGGCACCCUCACAAAGCAGGUUUUCUGACUUCUUUAUAUAGCAAUUCAAUUAUUAAUAGGCUUUACUAUGAGCUUAUGUAACCAUGUUUGUGAUUCUUAAAUGUUCAUGUUUUUGUUGUGGUUGAAGGGAUUACUCUCCCUUUAAAAACAGAAGCAUGCCCUGGCUGGAUUAAACCAAAGGCCACCAAAUUCUUGCAGUAGCCCAUUCAAUGACAUUGAAAAGUCCAUUAGCAGGAUAGGUGUCCAGACUCCUUCUCUACUCUUUUACCUUACCAGCUGGUAUUUAGAGUGCCUUGGUGCUUCAGAAUCUAGACCGCCAUAUGGUACACUUAUUCUUCAAAGGAGCAGGUGAUAAGAGUGACUGAAUUUAUCUAAUCCCAUUAGAUUAGAAUUUACUUCAUUUAUAUAGGCAGUCAUCAUCCAAACUGAAUCAAUAGAUUAUGUGUUAUGUGAGCAAAUAUUUGAUCUGUUCUGAAUUUCCUACAUUGACUAAGUUCCAGUAUUGUGAUGGUGGGUCUUCUCCAAAUCUCUGCUGUUUCUAUUCAUUUGUUUUUCCCAUUAACUAAAAACAUAUUCUUAUAAUUUCCCCCUCGUUUCUAUUCAUUUUUGUUGUAAAUCAUUUACAAUACAUACACACAUACAUAAAUAUUUGCUGACUUCCAGAUAAGGCCUCAGAAUUCUAAAGUGUAAUAUUGGAAGCCAAAGAAGAGGUGCCUUCCUUGGCUUCACAAUUAAAAAAAUACAUAAGUCAUGGUUUCAAUUUUGCUAAUGGUUUAAGUUAUGGACACACUAUGUAAUUUGGGGAUAUCUCAAUCAAUGCAAUAGAUACAUCCAUGAAAUGUUGGACUUCAGAUGGUCUUACCCUGUUUUCCACUUUCUUAGCCAGUGAUUUCUGAGGUAAAAACUUAUUAAUUCAUGGACCUUUUUCAUCCCUCUUAAAAAAUUUGCAUCCAAGCCCUUUUAGAUUUUAGAAAAGCUUUCAGUGUAUUUUGGAAACAUCUCAAUUUAAGGUAUGUCAGUAUUUCUAAACAGUUAAUUAUUGAUUGAUUUGUUUUCUAAAAUUUAUUAGUCAUUCUAUUCAUUAGUAUUUCCAUUCUUAGGUACUACAAUGAAAUCAUCAAAAAAAUUGAAUUACAUGAGCUAGUUGACCUACAUCACAAUCAAAUGUAAUAAAUGUUGCAGUAUUUCCUGGUCUGAAUUUAGAGAAUUGUUUAGCUUUACAUAUUUUCAAAAUAAUAUUUCUAAACUGUUCAGAUUCACAGAAAGUAGAAUUUCUGCAUUUUGUAACUGCAGAAAAACUGAAUGGAUUACUAUUCAUCAUUUAAAGUCAACUGUAAAACAUAAAUACUAUGGCAAACACUAUGUUUUAAUAUUAAGAAUUGUUUAUCCUAGGUUUUGUAGU